AUUCAUCGGUGGCCACGCCCAUAUGCGGAUAGAACGCCGCCUCUAGUCCUAAACCACGCCCAACUUUGAGCUCUCUCGCUCUGAUAGGCGGAGUAGGCGUGGCCGCGCAUACAUUAAGAGUACAGCGGUUUAAAAGCGGAGUACAGCACGAGAGCGAGCGCCAGAAACUCAAGCACAGCUGAUAUCACACACGCGCAUACGUGCUGGAGUAAACACGCUAUCUGGAUUACUCAAGGGUGUUUUUGUUUCAAAUAUCAAUCUUUUUCGUGGACACUAAGUGGUUUACAUGAAGAUGAAGGAUUUUAUGUGUCUGCUGGUUUUAGUUGGGAUCUUCUGCACGUCGGGUGGAUGGGGUUGCCCUCAAGUGUGCCGCUGUCCAGUAAAGCGGCCCGUGUGCCCGGCGGGUGUGAGCGCAGUACCGGAUGCCUGCGGAUGCUGUAAAGUGUGUGCGGCGCAGCUCAACGACGACUGCCAUGAAGGAAAGCCCUGCGAUCAUCACAAGGGCCUGGAGUGUAACUAUGGGAAUGAUGUGUCCAGUCUGCACGGCAUCUGCAGGGCCAAACUGGAGGGCCGCUCGUGUGAGUAUAACGGCCGCAUGUAUCAAAAUGGGGAAAACUUCCGUGCGGGCUGCAAACACCAGUGCACCUGUAUAGACGGGGCAGUGGGCUGCGUCCCCCUGUGUCCCACUGAUAUCCCGCUGUCCUCCCCGUCCUGUCCCAAACCCCGGCUGGUCAAAAUCCCUGGCCAGUGCUGCCUCAGCCUGGACUGCCAUGGAGAGUCGCCCGUCCUGCCUCCGGUGUUCAGACGCCCGCAGCCACCACCGUUUCUGCUCCCCGACCCACACACCUUCAAGAAACCUCCAGCCAAGCCCAAAUACAGCCUGAGUAAUGAGCUCAUGGAGGUGGAGAAACGCUGGGACAAACCACGCAGCCGAAAACACCUGCCAGCAUGGAAGCAGGCCGGACGUCAGUGUGUAGCGCAGACCACGAGCUGGACGUCCUGUUCGCGGAGCUGCGGGAUGGGCGUUUCGUCGCGGGUCACCAAUGAGAACAGGCAGUGCAAACUGAUGAAGGAAACCAGACUCUGCAACAUUCGUCCCUGCAGCUCUGCGGCUGUGCCUAUAAAGAAGGGGAGGAAGUGUUCCCGCACACAGAAGUCUCCAGAGCCUCUCCGUCUGCGUUACGCCGGCUGCCGCAGCACGCGUCUCUACCGUCCAAACUACUGCGGGAUGUGUCUGGACGGACGCUGCUGCUCCCCCCGCCGCACCCGGACGGUCCCAGUGCUGUUCAGCUGUCCCACCGGCGAGCGCUUCGAGCGGGCCGUCAUGUUCGUGCAGUCCUGCAAGUGCAACGAUGAUUGCGGGAGCCUGAACGACGCUUCGCUCCCACCGCAGCGCUGGCUGUACGGAGACAUGCACAAGUUCAUUGAUUAAACUGCAUUCCUCUGAAAACCUGUGCCCUUCCCCGUCCAGUAGAGUAGCGUUUCAAGGUGUGUAGACACUCAAUAUAACGCAAAUCCACAUGGGACACUAAAAGGGCCCGUUUUUUUGGAUUCAGAUCUUUUGUAGCAAGAGCCUUAAUGGGCGGUCACACUGCACUUUACUCUCCGAUGACGGAAAUACAAGCUUGUCCAGAAAGUUUUGCAUUUCACGGUGCUAAAAAGUUCAAUCAGUACUUAAAAAUCUCGGUGAAAGAUUGAAACAUCACAUCACCUUGCUCUAUGGUAGAGUACACAUUUUAGCAAGAUCUCAUCCUAUUUAAUAUAUUAUAUGCUAAAAUAUUAGUUUAGUAUAUCUAGUAAGAGUCAAAUGAAGAAAAAUGACUUGGUCACGAAUGCUUUAGACUGGAAAAUCAAGCCAGAGUCAAAGUUUUACAUUUCACUGUCAAAGUUGAAAGUGUGCGAUCAGCAAAGAUGUGAAGACAUAGCAUGAGCUUUCUCUAAAGAGGAUAAAAAUGGAGGGCAUGCUAAUUUUAGCCAUACCAUAUCAUCCAAUAUAAACAUAAGUCCAAAAGGUCAUAAAUAAAGACUAAUUAUUUCUAUAGUAAUUAUUUAAAAUGGAAGCCAGGGGAAAACGUUAAAAGUUCAAGCAUUAGGUAAAACCAAGCGAUCAGUAAAAAUCGAAACGUCAUAUCCAGAUCUUUCUAAGUUUGUAGACGCUAGACAGAGGACGCAAUAUAACGCAAGUCCACACAGGACAAAAAAAGGGGCUGUUAUUUUAGAUUCAGAUCCCCACGUUUCCUUCCAAUCACAUGUUUGAGAAUGCACUAGACUUUAAAUACAAGCUUGUGUGGAAUUUCAAUUUUUCUGGCUUUGAAAAGUUUUAGAAACUUUGCGAUCAGCGAAGGAUAGAAAAUGUCAUGGCGUGCAUUUCGCUGGAUUAGAAAGGUCAAGAAAAGCUAAAAAAAUGCAUAAUUGAAGCGUCUUAGCAUGACCUUUUGACGGCAAAAUAAAAUGGACAAAAGUGCUUUUUUAAAUGGCAUCUCAUCAUCCUAUUUAACAUACAUGAAGUUUAUUUAUAGACUAAUUUCGAGAGGAUCACAUGCUUAUGAUUGCGUGCAGCUGGCCGGGAUUAUCCAAUUCAUGAUCCACCAAUCAGACGAUUCCUAAGCCACUAUAAAUACCCAAAGUUCCAUAUGACAGCCAUCUUCGUUUUGAAGAACCCCCUCCUUCCACCCCUACUCCUCCUCCUUUCCUAGAUUGUGCGGCACGGUGGCCCAGUGGUUAGCACUGUUGCCUCACAGCAAGAAUAUCGCUGGUUCUAAGCCAGCCGACAUUUCUGUGCAGAGUUUACACAUUCUCACGUGAAUUUCCCUGAUUUCUUCAAAAACAUGCAGCUCAAGUUAAUUGACUAAUCCAAAUCAGCACCAUGGACAUGCUCCUAGUAAUUAGUUAUCUCUUAAGAGCGAUCACUAUCUGUUCAUUGGCUACUACAGCAGAGGAGUUCUCGAGAUCUACCUGAGCUCAAACUCCCCUCUCGCCUUGCAAACGGGAGGGAGCCCCGGGCUCGAGGAUCUCGGUCUCUCCCGGGAUUAUCUCUUUAUAAAUAAUCAUCAGUUAAGUGUGAACUCUUGAAAAGGUCAAACAGGUCAUGAGAACCAAAUAAAGAUAAGCUAAUUUUAUAUACAUUUAAUGUUAUAUAUGCGAGUGAGUGUUUCAAGUCAUGAAACUAGAGAAGCUUAAUGCAAUUAAGUAAACAAUUUUCCCAAUGCUCAAAGUCUAGUGUGACCGCACCUUUAGAGUAGAUGUGCUUUCCCUGAGGAUCUGCGGCGGGACGUGUCUCCUAGUUGUGAGUAUAUAAGAUAUACACUAUAUAUGACAAAUGGAUUUUCUGACUGAGCAGUCCUCGUCGUGGACAGUGACGCAUUCUGAGGCACCUGCGCAAUCUCGAAUGAGACUUUUUAUGGAGAAUUAAACAACGCCUCAGUUGGACGCUGAUUGCAGGAUUGCACUUCUUUUGUAGCGAUUCAAAUGUUCAAAUAAGAAGGAGACUCAACGGGAAGUCUGUCUCAGUGGGAAGUCGUUGUAAACGACCCAGGACUCGUGGACUCACUGCGGAGUCUGUUGGUUUGAGCAUCAGCAUAUAUGAGCAAUUCCAGCGUUAUGGAUGUAAUGUUUGCAGUAAAAUCUCGUAGAGAACGUACACUCACUUGUCACUUUAUUAGGUACACUUUACUAGUACCGGGUUGGGCCCCCUUUUGCCUUCAGAACUGCCUUAAUCCUUCAUGGCAGAGAUUUAAUAAAGUACUGGAAAUAUUCCUCAGAGAUUUUGCUCCAUAUUGACAUGAGUUUCCUGUUCUUUGCUGACAGGAGUGACACCUGAUGUUGUCUUCUGCUGCUGUAGCCCAUCCGCCUCAAGGUUGGACGUGUUGUGUGUUCAGAGAUGCUCUUCUGCAGACCUCGGUUGUAACGAGUGCUUAUUUGAGUUACUGUUGCCUUUCUAUCAGCUGGAACCAGUCUGGCCAUUCUCCUCUGACAUCAACAAGGCAUUUGCGCCCACAGAACUCCACCUCACUGGAUGUUUCCUUUUUAGACCAUUCUCUGUAAACCCUAGAGAUGGUUGUGCGUGAAAAUCCCAGUAGAUCAGCAGUUUCUGAAAUACUCAGAGCAGCCCACCUGGCACCACAACCACGUUCAGUCACUUAGAUCCAGGCCCGGCGCUACGGGGGGGCAAAGGGUAGCAUUGCCCCCUCAAACAGAGUUUGUGCCCCCCCAGUUUUUAUAAAGGAUUGUUCACUCAAA